AUGCUGGAAUUUACGCCGCUCGCCGGUCCGUACUGCAGUACGGACGCAAAAGGCAAGGGGCGUGAAGUAAGCAGCACCGAGCAGCCCAAGGCGGUCUCGUACCUGGUCGAGAUCGAUGGGUGCCGCGUCCUGCUUGACUGCGGCGCCCCCGAAGACUUUGUUUUCGCCGACCACGGCGCGGUGCCGGGCGAUCCCGAAAGCACGCCGCGCCCCGAGCUGGUCGGCACGCUGCCGCAGAUCCUCGAGCGUAUCGGCCCGACCAUUGAUGUCGUGCUGCUGACGCAUGCCGAGCUCUCGCACCUCGGCUUUUACGCAUACGCUCGUGCGCACUACGGACUCCAGUGCACCGUCUAUGCGACGCUCCCUGUACAGACCAUGGGCCGCCUCGUGAUGCAAGAGGCCGUGCGUGCGUGGGCCGCAGAGACGGAAAUCGGCACGUCGGCGCGCCUGCUCCCGACCGAGACCGAGGUCGACGACGCGUUCGAUGCGGUGCGCACGCUCCGCUUCCUGCAGCCGACGCCGCUGGACGGCAAGUCGGCCGGUCUUGUGCUCACCGCGUACAAUGCGGGACACUCGCUCGGCGGCACGGUGUGGAAGCUGCGGUCGCCCUCGAUCGGUACCGUGGUCAUGGCCCUGGACUGGAACCACAGCCGCGAGCGGCACUUGGACCGCACUGCGCUGCUGCCUACGGCGAAUACCCCCUUUAUGGAAAAGACGCAGGUCGACUCUGUGGGCCGCGCGGACGUGCUCAUUACCGAUAUCGAGCGCGGGCUCUAUACCAAUGCCGGCCGAAAAGACCGCGACGCGGCGCUGCUCGACCGCAUCCACCAGACGCUGCAAGGCGGCCAUUCCGUGCUGAUCCCGGUGGACAGCGCGGCGCGUCUGCUGGAGCUGCUUGUGCUCCUCGACCAGCACUGGGCGUACGCGUACCAGCACCAGCGCUUCCCCCUGUGCCUCGUGAGCCAUACCGGGCAGGAGUUUGUCGAGCGCGCGCGCACGUUUAUCGAGUGGAUGUCGCGCGAGUGGGCCGCGCAGAUGCUCAGCGACGACAGCGGCAAAGGGCGGCGGCGGAACAAGCAGUCGGCGGCGCUCAAGUCGCCGCUCGACUUUCCGUUUCUGCGCUACUUUUCGACCGUCGAAGAGAUGCACAGCGCCGUGACGCCGUCGCAGCCCAAGGUCGUGCUUGCGACGCCCGCCUCGCUGACGCACGGCCCUGCGCGCCAGCUGCUCUCCCACUUUCUCAGCGAUCCCGACAGCCUUGUGCUGCUCAUGUCGCGCGGCGAGCCCGGGAGCGUGCUGCGCACGCUGUGGGAACGCUGGAACGGUUUCCAGGCGGACGCGGACGCGUGGCGCCGCGGCAAGGUCGGCGUGCCCGCGUCGAUCGGGGGCCAGGUCUCGUACGAGCUGCGCCGCCGCCUGCGCCUGACCGGCGAGGAGCUGCGUGCGCACCUCGAGCGUGAGCAGCAGUCGAAGGAAAAAGAGGCGCAAGAGGCGCAGGCGCGUGCGCCGCAGCGUGCGCGCCCCCAGCUCGAGGCCGACGAGGACGGGGACGCGAGCAGCGCGAGCGACUCGAGCGACGAGGACGAGCCGCUGAAUGCGGACCGCGACGCGCACCGCCUGCUCAUGUCGACGCGCGACAUUGCGCCGGAGCGCCUCGCAGCCGCCGAAGGGCACCAGGAGCUCUCGUACGACAUCUACCUGCGCGGCCUCGCGAGCCGUGCGCCGGCGUUCCCCAGCGCGGAAGAUGCCGACUCGUACGGCGCCGGCGUGCACUACCGCAUGUUUCCGUUUGUCGAGCGCAAGCGCAAGGUCGACGGGUACGGCGAGGCGAUCGACACGAGCAAGUGGCUGAGCCGGCGUCGGCGCCUCGAGGAAGAACAGGAGGACCAGCUCGACCCCACGCGCCACGUCCCCCGCGACGAGCAAAAGCGCGUGGCGCAGCCCGAGCCCCCGUCCAAGUACGUGGCCGAGCAGCUGAGCGUUGCGGUGCGGUGCCAUGUGAUGUUUGUCGACAUGCAAGGCCUGAACGACGGCCGUGCGCUCAAGAUGCUGCUGCCUCAGCUGCAGCCGCGGCGCCUGAUUAUGGUGAAUGGCGAUGCGGCGACGAAUGCGGAUCUCUAUGGGAUGCUCUAUGCGGUCAAAGGCAUGUCGCGCGAGCUGUACAUGCCGCCGAUCGGCACUACCGUGCGCAUCGGCGAGCUGAUGCACGCGUACAGCGUCAAGCUCGCCGAUACGCUCCUCGGCCCGUCGCACUGGAGCAUGAUUGAAGACUACAAUGUGAUGCCUAUCCGUGCCCUCGCCGAGUUUGCGUCGGAUGCCGACGUGCCUACGCUCGUGCGCGACGAGCCCGCCCAGGAGAGCGGCGCCGCGGCGCCCACCACACUGUACAUUGGCGACCUGAAACUAUCGGCGCUCAAGGCGCACCUCGCGCGCGAGCACCGUAUCCGCGCCGACUUUGCGGGCGAGGGCGUGCUCGUUUGCGACGGCGCGCCGACCACCGGGCGCAAGCAGCCCGAAAAUAACCGCAGCGUCACGGUCAAGAAGGAGGGCGCAGGGCGUAUUGUGAUCGAGGGCAACCUGUCCUCGGGGCUAGGGCGUAUCCGUGAGUCUGUCUAUGACCUCUAUGCGCAAGUACACCAGUAG